GUGUGGUUACUAUUAAUGGGAUUCUUAACGACACAAGUUCUUGUUUUUAUUUCAUCUCAGCUUUUACUUGUGGUGUUUAUGUUUGGCAACACAGCUAAGACUGUAUUUGAAGCUAUUAUAUUUGUUUUUGUGAUGCACCCGUAUGAUGUUGGCGAUCGUUGUGUCAUUGAUGGCGUUCAGAUGAUUGUAGAAGAGAUGAACAUCCUGACUACAGCCUUUCUGAGAUAUGACAAUGAAAAGAUAUUUUACCCAAAUUAUGUUCUGUCAACCAAGCCAAUCAGCAACUUCUACAGGAGUCCAGAAAUGUGUGAUACGGUUGAAUUUGCUGUGGAUUUUUCUACUUCAAUAGAAAGAAUUGGAGCUUUAAAGGCUAAGUUAAAAGUGUACUUGGAGAGUAGGCCUCAACACUGGCGUCCGAACCACAGUGUAAUUGUUAAGGAUAUUGAGAACGUAAACAAGAUGAAAAUGGCUCUAUAUGCUACUCACACCAUCAGUUUUCAGAACUAUGUGGAUAAGAAAAGCCGAAGAUCUGAAUUAGUGCUGGAGUUAAAGAAAAAUCUUGAAGAUCUUAGUAUUAAAUAUCAUCUACUACCACAAGAAGUUCAUCUCAGUUAUGUAAGAUCAGAAGACUCGACGGUACAAACAGAAAGAGUUUGAAUUGAAGAUGAGGAGUCCAAGGGUGACCUUUGAUAAUGGUUCAUCUCAGUUAUGUAGCUCAAAUUUUUUGUGUUAGUCCUUGACUAAUAGUGUAAAAUCUCCAACUUUCUUUCAUAACAAACAAUGUGUAAAAUGGUGCCUUUUAUUCUA